GCAUUAAUUAUGUUAAUUUUCAUUUCCAACAUGGCGGAUGUGUUGGACGAACAGGAAGAGGUGUUGCAGGAUAUGGAGUGUACGGAUAUGGACUACAGAAAGAUGAGGCAAAGUCAGGAAGCGGCUGGGUACCGUGAGGGUAUGGAAUCAGGAAAGGAAGCCAGUUUACAACAAGGUUUCAAUGACGGAUUUAUUUAUGGAGCCAGUGUUUCAAGGGAAUGGGCAAAGCUGAGAGGAGUUUUGAGUGCUCUGAUGUUAUUUGUGAGUUCAAAUUCUGUGCAAGUACUUCAUCCAAACAUCACAAAUGAAAUCACAGAACUACUAGCAUUGGUCUGCCAAAUGGAGAACAAGGCUCUAAGUACACAAAAUAUGAAAGAUGCAAUACAGGACCAAAUAAACCCACAGGAUCAAUGUUCUUUGGAAAAAUCAGAAAAUGGAGGUGCCUCUCUGACUCAUCAUAAAGUGGUAACUAAAGGUAGAACUGUAAAUGAACAUGAAUUGUUGGUAGCAUUUGAAAUGCUUGAUACACAAGAUGGUAGUACUAAUGGCAUUGAUGAUUUAAGAAGUAGAUGUGAGCAAAGUGAGAAUGUUGUAGGAAAAAGAUGUUCCAAAGACCCAGCUCUGCCUGAAAAAUUCUUCAACUGUAGCCAAACUCCAGUAGAGACAUUUAAGAUCAAAUGUAAUGACAUGGAACACUUGUGGACUAUGAUUGUCUCAUUAGCUGAUAGACUUGGUAUCAAUAAACAAAAAAUACUUGCAGUGAAAAACAUUUAAUAAAAAUAAUAUUGAUGUAUGAAUACCUUCUAGAUAAUGGCAUGAAAUUAAACACUUUGUAAGGUCUUCAUCUUUAAAAACCCAUUCACAAACAGUACAUUGUAGUGUUCUGGUUUUAAACGGUUUUAAAACCCUGAGAAAACAGAACCCCAAGACACAGAGAAACACUAGCUGAUCUGGCCCAAUAAAUGCUUGAAAAGUAGUUGUUAGUCACACAAUUUUCUUGCUAUUGAUAAUUCAUUUUUAUCCAAUCAAAGUUCUUUUAUCCUACUCUCUUGGUACCAGUUCAGGAUGGAUUUAAACACUCUUCCUGCUUAAGAGAAAGAAACAGGAAAAAAUCCUUUUGUGGUCUCUGAGGAAUAAUAAAUCUCUUAUUUGUUGUUUAAGA